AUGUGCACGUGGGCAAUAGGAGCAGGCCCAACUGACAGCUCAGAUGUACCCAGAACUCAUGUUUGCCAGAUUCCUGCAGAAGGACAGAACAAUCCCACGGGACAAAUGUCAGCUUUCAACAUACGAAAACAGUCUCCUAAUCAAGGAGAUAAGAAGAGCCCCUCUGUUGCAAUUAAAAGCAGACAACAGUCUACACAUGAUGUUAAUAAACGACGGACCCUUUUGCAAGAUAACAGCUGGAUAAAGAAGAGGCCUGAGGAGGAAAGUGCUGAUGAAAACUAUGGAAGGGCGGUGCUUAACCAAUACAAAUCCCAAGAUAGCCUACACAGCAGUAGCACAAAUGAAAAGGAAGAUCAGAAAGCUGUUCUUGGACGAUACAGAUCUGAUACCACCUUGGACAGAAUUCCAGCCAGAAGUGAUACUGAUAAAAUAAAUAAGUCUCCAACUCUGAACCAUAAGCAAAACAACAGACAAUCUUGGACUCCUAAUGCAGCAUCCACAACCACUGCAGUCACUUCUCCAAUCAAGAAAAAGAGGCAAUCUUGGAUGCCUCCCCCAGUUUCGAGUAGUAAGACUCCAACAGAAAAAGAGGAAAGCAAACGAACCACCUCGGAAAAUUCAGAGGCUCCAACAACGGCUGCCCCUUCAUCAGAACAGGUGACCCCUCAGAAAUCAGAGACUGAUGUGGGUGAUCGAGCUACAGCAAGGAACCAAGACCUCAAUAACCUCAGCAAAGCGAUUCCAAGUUCUUUCACAAGUGACAAAGAAGGAAAAGACCUUUCAGAUUUGACUGAAAAAAAUACUGCUGAUCAGAAAAAUAAGAGAGAUGAGGACCUUGGGGAUCACACUGAAGUAAAGUCUGCUGAUGACCAAAGUAAAAAGCGGAUAAUUGAGAAAGCAUAUGAAAAUCCUCCAAGGGCUCCAAAUAAUCUCCCAGAAAUAAACUACUCUAGUGACAGUGAACGAAAGACCAGCAAAUCACCAUUUGCUGCCUAUGAAGAAAACAUAACUGGAAAUACUAUCAAAACUGUUUAUUCUACUUCUGAUCGGAGUAUAAUUGGAAAAGAUAUAUGUACAUACUGCAGGAAGCCCUUGGGCAUAGAUGCCAAAAUGAUCUUAGAUGCCUUGCAAAUUUACUGUCAUUCGACUUGCUUCAAGUGUGAAGUAUGUAAGAGACCUCUGGAAGAUCUAAAAGCAGGAGACAGCAUUUGGAUUUACAAACAAACUGUGCACUGUGAGCCUUGUUAUUCCAAAGUUAAAGAAAAAUGGAUCUACUAAUUUUGACAUACAGAACGUAUGAUGAAGAAAUUUCUAUUGUUAGUUAAUUGUAUUGGCCUGUUAAUUCAAAACACUGUGGGAAAUUAUUCAUUUUUACGCUGGGAAUUCUCUG